UGUCAUCACUACUUCCACUCGCUCACACCUCGCCCUUCCACCCCAAGGGAGGUUUGUCAUAUUUCAUCUGCCCUCCCGUCUCCAACCUCUCCGCUGGCUUUCCGAGGCCCAUUCUGUCGCAUUGCCUCUCCAGUCCCCCGCCCUUCCUGUACUUUCUCGAACUCGGUAACAGAACGUAUUUCGACCUUGCUGCCAUCGAACGAGCGACGCAGUAUGACUCGCAACAAUAACAUCUUAAUCCAAUUCAACUCUGGCUAUGACCCGGAUGCCGGUGACUAUCGCCAUCCGCCACGGCCACCCAUGCACGACAGAGGGAGCUUUAACAUGUCCUCACGAGCCAACCCACGCACCGAUCCCAUGGCCCGUUCGCAAGGACAGAUUCGCAAUGGCGCCAUCUCCCAUCCUACCACUGUUCAGAGUAACGGCAAUGGGUCCGCCGCACCACGCAGACGGAUCCCCGUCGCUUGCGGGAGGUGCCGUAAGAGAAAGAUACGCUGCAGCGGAGACCCUGGUGAUAACACUGGCUGUGGCCACUGCAGGGGCGCCCAAGCAGCGCACGAGUGUAAGUUUGAGAGGGUAUCGUCGUCAACCAUCGACCUCCGAACAUAUUCAGGUGCAACCUCUCCGCCUUCCAAUGGAACUGGACAGGCCCACUCCGGCGGCUCUGGACAUGGGCCCGGAUCCGGAUCCACAUCCCUUGGAUUACAUGCAGCAGGGAGUUAUUCGGCUCCAUGUUUGCAUUCAUCUGGAUAUCCGUCCUCCAUGGGAAUGGGGCAUAGCAUGGGCUUCAGUAGUAGCCGUGGCACAUUGAUGAGUUCGAAGCUUUACCAUCAAGAUGGCCUCAUUGCCGAUCCCACGACUUCGUCCAUGAAUCUGGUUGCAUCCCGUUUCUACGAAGGGCUUGGGAAUGAGAUAUCGGCUCCCACGGACAGCAAUUACUCCCAAUACAUGCUCAACUCAGAGACAGGACAUAGCUUGAGCACCGAUAAUGCGAACGCAGUUCUUUCGAGCCAGCACUCCGAUUACCCAAGGCACUGGUCUUCGGUGCAGCCAACCAACAAGUCCUCCAGCUCCACGUAUUACUCAAACUUGGAACCGGAAACCACUGCAUCGAGUGUCACAAUGGGCAGCAUCAUGUCCGGCUUCAUGCCGUGCCCAGCUGGACCUAGGAAUGCCAGCAGCACCAGCUUGGAUAGCUAUCCCACCAUGUUCCCAGCUCUCGGCUCGCUAUCUUCGUCUCUACCAGAGAGCGGAUCCAGGUCGACGCUCUUGGACAAGGUUCUGCCUCCGCUGGGGCCAGCUCGCAUGCCAACCACGGACUUUGGCGGCAUCAAGCUCUACAGCUCCUACACGGAUUCCUCUGGUCCAUCGAGUGCAUCACAUUCUCGCUCGUCGACCUCGACCCGCAGAUCCCCGGCUGCGAGCUAUAUCCCUGCGUCGCCAUCUCUGCAACAGGUUGUGCCCAGCUCCUCCGAGCGAUCCACGCCGACACUUCUCUCAACUUCCGAACGAUCCACACCGACGCUGCUUUCAUCCUCCGCAUCCAGCAACUCCAUGAGCAACUACGUAACAUCUUCUGUCUCGAACAUGAACACCAUUGGACUGUAUCCCUCCAACCAGCAGUCGCUCCACAGCUCCUCGAUCGAGCACCUAUCGGGUGCCGCGGCCUCGAUGCUCAAGCAGGAGCGGCAGAAGCAGCAGCAGCAGCGCACCGAGGUAGACCUGGUUCCGCGCGUAAGUGCAAUAACAGCGCCACCGCUUCACACCAGCUCGGGAACACCCAGCAGCAGUAGCAGCCCAUCGAACUACCAGCAGAGCGGAGAGCAGCAGCACAUCCGGUAUCGUGGCUUGAACAGAAUCUACUAGCCGGCCGGCCAACCAGAAACCUAGGAUAUGUCCUAUUCCUGGCUCAUGCUUUUUUUCUUUUCUUUUACUACUUGACACGCAGAAAA